AUGUUCAAGCUAAGAGGAAAAAAGUGUAAUUAUACCGUCAUCGAAGGUCCAGAAACGAAAAAUGGUUCGUUGUCAUUUGUCAACACCAUUUUCAAACUCACGACUCGUGAAAUCUCGAUUUGUAUGAAUUCUGGAAAAAACUCCAAAUUUAAAUUUACUUUGCGUUGUAACGAAUUAGAAAGAGCAGGAUUCUUCGGGAAUCUCGUAGAAAUGGCGGAUCAGACGAUCGAGAAACGUUCGUCUGAAGUUGAUGAUCAUGAGAGAGAGCCGAGUAAAAAGAAUGACAUUACCGAGGAUCCAGAAACCUUCAGCUGUAUGCUUCAGCCCUGUCCUGCCGACUCCGAUCCUAAAUACGUCGGAAUUCGCCGCCUUCUUCUCUUUCGGAAAGCUCAGUCAGGCGUUCUUCGCCGAAAGGACUGGAGAUGCAAUGCUAAAGGCUAUGUAGCUUAUCGCAAUUUCAUCAACAGGCCAGAUAAUUGGUUAAAUUCGCAAAUACCAAGUCGAACUAGCACCCCUGGAACCAGUGGUCGAUGGGUACCAUCUCCAACUCCAAGUCAACUAUCUAUGGCUCUUGAGGUGGAAAACUGGUCCACUGGUAGCUGGACUGGUAUGAAGGAUCUACGUGAUAGUCAAACACCGAGUCAUAAUACUGUUAGUAGUUUUGGUGUAAGUUCAACUGAAUUUGAACACCCUCGUCGAAAAACUGAACAUGCAUAUUCGUUUGUGGGAAUGCAUUGCAUCUUUGAUGAAUGCAAAUCAAUGGUUACUGUUAUAAAGUUUGGGCAUAUGAGUUCUGAUGUUCUUGCUUAUGGAGCAACAGAUGGAACAUUAACAGUUUGCAGUGUCUCUGAUCCACCUUCAAUCAUGAACAAAUUGACUGGGCACUCAAAAGAUGUCACAGAUUUUGACUUUUCAUUGAACAACCAGUACAUUGCAUCAUCUUCAUUGGAUAAAACUGUCAGGGUUUGGGAUAUACCAAAUGGCCUUUGCAUUCGAGUAAUAUAUGGAGUUACUUCUCAGCUUUGUAUUCGUUUUCAUCCUGUGAAUAAUAACUUCCUUUCAGUUGGCAAUGCACAAAAAGAAGUCUCGAUAUUCAAUUUUAGCACGGGAAGAUUAAUAAGUAAAACAGUUGUGGACAGUGAGGUUACGACUGUUGAUUAUGACCAUACGGGUCAGUUUAUUUUUUGUGGGGAUGCACAGGGAUGUAUAUACACAGUUAAAGUAAACUCUCAUCAAGGUACUUUAUCACGCUCACAUCGCACUAAAACUAGCAGCAAGGAAAAGUCAGAAUUCACUACUAUACAAUACAGAACAUUUUCUUUAAUGACACAAGGUCCUGUGUUAUUGGCUCUUACACGAGAUGGAAAUUUGUCUUUCUUCAGUGUUUCAUUGGAGUUACAAGGCUAUUUGACUCUACAAUGCUCCCUCAAGUUGGCCCCACGUCUUCAUAGCAUUCGUGCUUCUUUUUGUCCAUUGCUUUCCCUUGAAAAAGGGGAAUAUAUAGUGAUUGGAAGUGAGGAUGCAGCUGUGUAUUUCUAUGACUUAACUCGGCCGAAGAAUACAUGUGUGAACAAACUACAGGGACAUGGAUACCCGGUGAUUGCAGUUGCAUGGAAUCAUGGAUGCACAUCAUCAAUUCAUCAUACUCAUGUAUUUUGCACACGAGUUCGCAAAAUUUGA